AUGAGCUGUUUAGGAGGCCUGGAAGGCUACCCAAGGGAGACCAUCACCGGAGCUUCCAGUCUUCAACUUCAUCCCGUCCUCCCGCAAACCGAACACGACACGACGGUUUCGACAAGUCAAAUAACCAACACACGCCGCAACCCGAUGGCGCCACCAACGUCGUUGCGCGCCGCCUUCGCGUACGCCGGCAACCUCGUCUCGCAGAUCCCACUGCUCUCCAACCUCAGCCCCAGCCUGCCGAGCUCGCUGCAACCGAUACCUCACGACUCACAACAGCAAGCUGCUGAACAUGUGGGCGGAGACUUCGGGUUCGAUGCCUCGUCGAUAACGCCCUACGACCCCCUGAGCGACGCCCCCUCGUGCCCGAUCGACGGCCCGACGAGCUGCCAGAACAAGACCGCGGGCGACUCGUGCUGUUUCGUGUAUCCCGGCGGUAGGCUGUUGCUCACGCAGUUCUGGGACGAGGAGAUACAUGUCGGAGGUUCUGAGCAGGAUUGGACGGCCCAUGGGCUGUGGCCGGAUCUAUGCGACGGGUCUUACGAUCAGUAUUGCGGCAUGGCGCCCAGGUUUAACAACAUUACCGAAGUAUUGAAACACUACGACCAGGGCGAGUUCGGUACGAACGACCACCUCUGGGCGCAUGAGUAUAACAAGCAUGCCACCUGCAUCAACACGCUCGCCCCUUCCUGCUACGGCGACGCGUACACGCCCGGCAUGGAGGUGGUCGACUACUUCGUGCGGGCGUUCGGGCUCUUCCGCAUGCUUGACACCUAUUACGCGCUGUCGGACGCUGGCCUCGAGCCCAGCCACGGCGACACGGUCGAGCUGGCCAAGGUGCAGAGCACGCUCGAGCGCUUCAGCGGCGGCCGCGUCAUCCUCAAGUGCACGGGGCGCCACCACGACGUCCUCCACGAGGCCUGGUACGUCUACUUCGUCAAGGGAAGCCUGCAGAGCGGCGAGUUCGUGCCGGCCCAGGACAGCUUCAAGGGCGACCAGGGCAACUGCGCCGACAGGGUGCGCUAUCUGCCGAAGCGCAAGUAG